UGCCACUUUAAAGCAGUGGUCAACACCUUUUAUAUAAAACGUUGUUAUUUGGUCAAGUGCGAAGCGUGGAUUAGGUGCCUCUGGUCCAGCUUUCACUUUUUACCACAUGAGCCAGCCUCUUCUUCACUCCCCACAGCCGUCCUAGCGGGACUCCUGAAUCCUCUCUGAUUGAACAACACAAGGGGUGAAGUUCAGUUAUUGGCUAAAUUUUCUUUGCUGAAAGGCUUGCAGCAGCGGGAAACAUGGAGCCGGUUUUUGCUACGGGAAUGGCGGCUAAGCUUCGCAGCGUGUGGGACCGAAAUGAAGGUCUGGGUCAGAAUAACAAUGCUGUCAAGUUUCUGGGUCAGGACUAUGAGAUGCUGAGGUCACAGUGCAUCCAGAGGAAUACCUUGUUUGAGGACACGUACUUCCCAGCUGUCGCCUCCUCGCUGGGUUUUAACGAACUUGGACCAAGCUCGUCCAAAACCUACGGCGUUCGCUGGAUGAGGCCAACGGAGAUCUGCUCAAACCCCCAGUUCAUUAUUGAUGGAGCUACUCGCACAGACGUCUGUCAGGGAGCACUGGGUGAUUGUUGGCUGCUGGCUGCUAUUGCAUCUCUUACUCUUAAUGAUAACCUGCUGCAUCGCGUGGUUCCACAUGGACAGAACUUCAGCAGCGGCUACGCCGGCAUUUUCCACUUUCAGUUCUGGCAGUUUGGAGAGUGGGAGGAUGUGGUGAUUGAUGACAGACUGCCGGUUAAGGACGGGAAGCUGCUGUUUGUGCACUCUAAGGAUGGCAAAGAGUUUUGGAGCGCACUGGUAGAGAAAGCCUACGCCAAGCUGAAUGGCUCCUAUGAGUCUCUCUCGGGUGGCAGUACAGUGGAGGGUUUUGAGGAUUUCACGGGUGGUGUGACUGAGAUGUAUGAACUGAAGAAAGCUCCUUCUGACCUCUUCAGCAUCAUAAAGAGAGCUGUGGAAAGAGGAUCAUUGCUCGGCUGCUCUAUAGACAUUACCAGCAGCACUGACAUGGAGGCGGUCACCUUUAAGAAACUGGUUAAAGGCCAUGCCUACUCAGUGACUGGAGUGGAGGAGGUGAAUUAUAGAGGAACCCCUACUAAGCUGGUCCGGAUAAGAAACCCGUGGGGGGAGGUGGAAUGGACAGGAGCCUGGAGCGACAAUUCCCGAGAGUGGGAUGGCAUCGACUCGACUGCCAGAGGCAAACUGCAGAAUCGCAGUGAAGAUGGAGAGUUUUGGAUGUCGUACCGGGAUUUCAUUCAAGAGUUCAGCAGGCUGGAGAUCUGUAACCUGACUGCAGAUGCUUUAGAUGCGAGUCAAGUGAAAAAAUGGAGCUCAUCUCUGUAUGGAGGCGAGUGGAGGAGAGGAAGCACAGCUGGAGGCUGCAGAAACUUCCCAGCUACGUUCUGGAUCAACCCUCAGUUCAAGAUUAAUCUGAAGCACCCCGACACAAGUGGACAAGACAAGUGUAGCUUUCUGGUGGCUCUGAUGCAAAAAGAUCGCAGAAAAAAGCAUAAGGAGGGCAAAGACAUGGAGACCAUUGGCUUUGCUAUCUAUGAGGUUCCCCGUGAGUAUGUAGGUCAGACUAGUGUCCACUUGAAGCGAGACUUUUUCCUGACGCACGGCUCCAGUGCUCGCUCUGAGCUCUUCAUCAACCUGCGUGAGGUGAGCUCACGUUUCAGCAUGCCCUCCGGAGAAUACAUCAUCGUCCCGUCCACCUUCGAGCCACAGAAAGAGGCUGACUUUGUCCUGCGUGUCUUUUCUGAGAAACCUGCCGAAUCACAGGAAAUGGAUGAUGAGGUCUCAGCUAAUCUUCCUAAUGAGAAUGUAUUGGAUGAGAGUCAAAUUGAUGCAGGAUUCAAGAAUCUCUUCAGACAGCUGGCUGGAGCGGAUAUGGAGAUCAGUGCAACAGAGCUGCAGACCAUUAUGAACCGAAUCAUCGCCAAACAUAAGGAUCUAAAGACUGAUGGAUUUGGUCCUGAGGCCUGUCGCAGCAUGAUAAACCUGAUGGACACAGAUGGUAGCGGUAAACUGGGUCUUACUGAGUUCCAUGUGCUGUGGGAGAAAAUCAAACGCUAUCUGGAAGUGUUUAGGAAAUUUGAUUUGGAUAAAUCUGGUACAAUGAGCUCCUAUGAGAUGCGCAUGGCCCUUGAAGCUUCAGGCUUCAAGCUGACCAAUCAUUUAUUCCAGUUGAUCAUCCUGCGCUACACAGAGGAUGACAUGUCUGUCGACUUUGACAAUUUUGUCACUUGCCUUGUGCGUCUGGAGACCAUGUUCAAGACAUUCAAGACCUUAGACACAGAUGCUGAUGGAUUCAUAUCUGUAAACUUUGUGCAGUGGUUGUCUUUGACUAUGUUUGCAUGAACAGAUGGACAUCUGGGUGCUUGUCUUCUUUUACUAAGACCAUCACAUCCUUUCACAUGGUCCAAAAGUGCCUUUUUCAUAGCCUUUAUUUCUUAAGGUGAUGGUAUUCAAUCAGUGUUUAAGUGCAGUUUUUUAUGGUGUAUAGGUUUAGGGGGGGGUGGAAGUUUUUAAGUUGUAUACAAAUGCCAAUCUGUAUUUUGUUUAUCAUGUUAGCAUGAGCCAAAAUAGUAACUCACGGUCUGAAUCAUCAGUGUCAUAUAUUUCCCACUAUAGUGUUUACUAUACUAGUCUUAGACCAGCAUGUGCCAAGCCAAGCAAUCAUAUUUGGAUUUUUACUCACUAGGUCUGGCACUAAACAUUAGGUAAUUAAAAUAGCAUAUUUAUAUGCUGCACCUUUAUAUACUGUAUAUGCACUGCAUUCUGUUUACUACUCCUGUAGUGGUGUGCAAUCAACUAUGCAGUAUGUGUGACUUACCUGGCAAAAUCACAAACCAAAUAAUAAGUACAUGGAAUUACAAACCUCAAUUCUAGAAACGUGAACCUAUAAAAGUGCACAUAUAUUUACAAGAAAUUGUGUUUAAAAAGAGUGUCUAUCUCUAGAUUUUCUAGACUAUUUUUCAGGGACUUGUAUGCUUAUUUCAUUAUGGCAGUGCCAAGCCCAUUUUGCACAUUACAGCAGCAUGGCAACAUGAUCAGAAUGUGGAUGUUAGGCAUAGUGAAGUACAGUUGCUAAAGAUUUGCUUACCAGAACAAAGGCUAAAUAAAUCAGCUUUCAAAACUAGAUAAGCAGGUAUUUACACUCCCCAAACUAUUAUGAAUUGCCAUUAACGGGAAAUCUGAUUUACACUCUAUGGACGAAAGUAUUGGGACACUUCUUCUAAUUAUUGAAUUAAUGUGUUUCAGCCACAGCAAUUGCUUACAGGUGUAGUAAAUCAGUUAUAUAAAGAAAAUUAUAUGUUCCAAUUUUUCUUUUUCUCCCGACUUUUAGCUUGUCCAAUUGCCCAAUUGUGUCAUGCUUCCUCUCCACCAAUGCCGAUCCCCAUUCUGAUUGAGGAGAACAAAGCUAACCCACGCCCCCUCCGACUCGUGGGCAGCAGCCAUAUGCAUUUUGUCACCCACACUAGGCGAGUGCAUAUAUGUGAAUCAGCUUUAUGUACAGAGAGACGCACCCUGAUCAGCAUUCUUUUCCCCAUCUUUGUGCAGGCACCAUCAAUCAGCCAGCAGAGGUCGUAAUUGCAUUAGUUAUGAGAGAGAGAGACCCUAUCCGGCUUUAAUACCCCACCCCUAUCUGAACAACAGGUCAAUUGUUGUUCAUGUGGCUGCUCAGCCCAGCCGGCAGGCAGAGCUGAGACUCAAUACGAUGUAUUCGAGAUCCCAGCUCUGGUGUUCGUGUGUGUUUUUACCGCUGCGCCACCUGAGCGGCCAUAUGUUCCAAUUUUUAGCCACAGUUUAGGUAAGGCCCUUUCCUGUUCCAGCAUGGCUGUGUCCCUGUGCAUAAAGCAAGGUCGAUAAAAACAUAAAGAAAAGCUCAGUUUGAGGAAACUCCAGUCAAGUUUGACUUUCAUCAGUUCCCUGAAUAGACACAAAUUCUCUCAGACAAACUUCAAAGUCUUGUGAGAAGCCUUCUAAAAAUAAUACAUAAUACAUUAAACAAAAAGUUUAACCUUCACAGAGCCCUUUAUGUGGUAAAUAUACAAUAAAAUUAGCUGUUCUUAUCUGGAAUUGAGGUUUGUACUCAUGUAUUUGUUUACAUGCUGCCUGUUGCAUUUUAAUCAGGGAUUAGUAUGAGUAGUAUAUUUAGUGUGCCAUUUUGAACACACCCUUCAGCUUUACUUACUGUACAUGGGCCUGUUUACAAUUCCUGUUAGAAAUGGGUCAUGGCACCCUAAUGCUUACAUUUAUCAGAACCAUUAGGGGUGUGUAUUAGGCUGAUAAAAACCCAGUCUGUGUUUUAAACAUUAUUUUUUUAUGAGCAGUGACCCUUACUAUCUUUAACUCUGGGACUUUAGGUGCAAUUAGUUGCUUACAUUUUUAACCAGGUUUGUGGAAAAAUUAUUUUUUAAUGAUAAGAUAAUUCUAGAAUGAGGCUCAUAUACAAAAUGCUAAAAAAUAAAUGCACUUGUUAGUGCUGUGAUUUGAGUAUUAAAAGGGAUUAUAUAUGCACAAUGUAUGUACUGCUUGCAUGUUUCCAUGUUAGGCUGCAUGUGGAACUUAUAUACAUUCCCUCAAGUUCAAUCAGAUAAAACGUUCAUGCUGUACAAUGUAAUGUUUGAAUGUGCAUGCAGAAAUAAAUAAGAGGUGAAUGGAAAUGAAUCCACCAUUCGUGCCUACGUCAUGGCCAUAUAAAUGCUCGUGCCAUCCUUUUUGUACGUGUUCUGAUUUCUCUGUGGUACUGUGUUUUCUGUGCUCUGGUCAGGACACUUUCUGUAUUUGUAAGUGUUAUGUAUCCAAUAUUUCCAUUUUCAAUAAAUAUGUUUUUGAAAUACAGUUUGUACACAUUAUAA